AGAGAGAGAGAGGAGAAUAAGAGAGAGAACGAAUAAUUAAAACAAAAGAAAAUGGCAUCGUUAAGGCUAUUCGUAGCAGGUGCGAGCGCAGUAGGAACUGGCGCUUUAACAUCUUAUUUAUUCUUAUCUGAUUCAACAGUAUACGCAGAAAAAGACAAACCAAAAACAACGAAAAGACCACUGCCAACUAGAGAGGAUCAAGUAAAGACUUUGAAAUCUCAAGAUUACGACGUUCUUAUCAUUGGAGGCGGUGCAACUGGUGCAGGAUGUGCUCUGGACGCCUGCACAAGAGGUUUAAAAACGGCGUUGGUGGAAGCGGACGACUUUGCAUCCGGCACUUCCUCCAGGAGCACGAAAUUAAUUCACGGGGGUGUGCGUUAUUUGCAAAAGGCUAUAAUGCAAAUAGACAUAGAACAAUAUAAAAUGGUUAAAGAGGCUUUGCAUGAGCGUGCAUCGAUGUUAUAUAGCGCACCUCAUCUCGCUCAUCCUUUACCCAUUAUGUUACCUGUUUAUACAUGGUGGCAAAUUCCCUAUUACUGGUUUGGUAUAAAAAUGUAUGACCUAGUGGCAGGUAGUAAAACCGUUAAAUCCUCCUAUUACUUAAGCAAAUCGAACGCUCUCGAACUCUUCCCUAUGUUAAAGGGAGAUAAACUCACAGGAGCUAUCGUUUAUUACGAUGGUCAACAAGACGACGCUAGGAUGAAUUUAGCGGUAGCUUUAACAGCUUCCAGACAUGGUGCAACAGUCGUUAAUCACGUAAAAGUGAUUAAUCUGUUAAAAGGUCUCGACAAGGAUGGUCAAAGGGUACUUACAGGAGCUCGUUUGAAGGAUGAACUCACAGGAGAAGAAUGGGACGUAAAAGCGAAAGCUAUAAUAAAUGCCACAGGACCUUUUACGGAUUAUAUUAGGAAGAUGGAUGAUCAAAACGUAAAAGAAAUUUGCGCUCCUUCGUCUGGAGUUCAUAUUGUAUUGCCAGGGUACUAUAGUCCCGACCAAAUGGGUCUCCUCGACCCAGCAACUAGCGAUGGACGUGUUAUUUUCUUCUUGCCUUGGCAAAAGCAAACAAUAGCAGGUACGACUGACCUACCCUGCCAGGUAACGCACAACCCACGGCCAACCGAAGACGAAAUUAUGUUCAUUUUACAAGAAGUUAAGAACUACCUCAAUCCUGACGUUGAAGUCCGCCGUGGUGAUGUCUUAUCUGCCUGGAGCGGUAUUAGGCCAUUGGUUUCUGACCCGAACAAACCGAAUACACAAUCGUUAGCUAGAAAUCAUAUAGUACAUGUUAGUUCAACGAAACUUGUUACAAUAGCCGGUGGCAAAUGGACGACAUAUCGUGCCAUGGCUCAAGAAACCAUUGAUGCAGCCAUCAAAGCUUGCGAUUUAAAACCUGAAAGAGGAUGUCAAACUGACGGAUUUCUCUUAGAAGGCGCCCAUGGUUGGACACCAACGAUGUAUAUUAGAUUAGUACAAGAUUUUGGUUUAGAAUGUGAAACUGCACAACACCUUGCCAAAAGUUAUGGAGAUCGUGCAUUUGCAGUUGCAAAAAUGGCGUCCCUUACUGGUAAACGUUGGCCCAUUAUUGGCAAGAAACUUCAUCCAGAGUUUCCGUAUAUUGAUGCCGAGAUUCGUUACGGCGUACGCGAAUAUGCGCGAACUGCAAUUGAUAUGAUCGCUCGACGGCUCAGACUAGCCUUUCUUAAUGUACAAGCCGCUCAAGAAGCUCUUCCAGGCAUUAUAGAUAUAAUGGCCGAGGAGCUUCAUUGGUCAGCCGAAGAAAAGAAGAAACAGCAACGUGAGGCUAGUGAAUUUCUUGCGAAUGAAAUGGGACAAAUGGUGAACCGUGCUUCCAGGGAUAAAAUACCCAUUAAUCUUACGAAAGACGAAAUACAACUUUAUAUCAAACGCUUUGGUAUUAUCGAUAAGGACAACAAAGGAUAUGUGUCGAUUAAUGACAUCAGGAGAGGACUCAAGGCACUUGGUAUUACGUUAAAAGAAGAAGAGAUGCAUACUUUACUCAAUGAAAUUGACCUCAGCUAUAAUGGCCAACUGGAGUUACAAGAUUAUUUACAGCUCUUUGGUGACAAGGAAGUACCAGGUGAAGAACUUCACGAAAUACUCCGCGAAAUCGACACUAAUAUGAACGGUCAAGUCGAAUUGGAUGAGUACCUUCAGAUGAUGUCAGCUAUAAAAUCUGGACAUGUGGCAUAUUCUCGCUUUGCACGAAUGGCAGAGAUGGAACAAGAACAACAUGAAAAAGAAAUGUUGAAGAAACAAAUUAGCGUUGAAAGAUCCGGUGGAGGACUGUGAGGGAAUUUCUGUAGAGCAGAAAUACACUAUCUUCUUCUAUUUCCGUAUAGCACAUGCAACGAUUGCAAUAAACUGUUUAUUAUAGUAUGUUACAAAACUCGAGGAUGCAUACUUGAGAAAAACCAUUGCAAAUACUUUUAAUGAUUUUGAUAAUCUGCAGUUUGAACUUGCUUCAAGUUCAGAAAUUUUUAAAUUUGUUAUAUUGCACUUAACAGCAAGAAUAUAUUGCUGUAUAUAUGUAAAAUAUAUGGAAUAUGGAAAGUUGAAUGUGAAAUGAUAAUAUGCUUAAUGUACAUAGGAAGAUUGUAAGAAUAUGCAAAAUACCAUAAAAAUAUGGUUACUGCUCUGAAAGAUUUUAUAAUAAUAUAAUUAUUGGAUAGUUCUACUGCAGUUCAUUAUAACACAAAACACACAAAACGAUAAGAGUUUUUUUUAAGUAAUUCACGUACUUGUUAUGAUUCUUAUAAAGACAUAAAUACAUUAAAUAUACGUUUCAUUAAGUCACACAUAUCAUCAUAAAAAAAAGAAAAACAUUGCAUAUAAUAAUCGAUAGAAACCUCGAGUAUAUUUUAGCAAAAUUAUAUUAUGUAUUAGAAUUCAAAUGAGAUCGCUUUUGUUUAUAAAUUGUUAGCAAGGAAUAUCAAACAUACGGUGUAUGAAUUAUAAAAUGAAUGAGAAAUAUCUAUUUAUUAAGAAACUUAUAAAUGUUAAUAUGUCACACAAAGAUAUUAGAAAUGAGUUUCAUGGAAAGUAUUUAUUAUUUCAUGCUAUUAUCGUUAUCAUCGAAUUAAUAAACAGCACUUCCAAACACCACUUGCAGGUAUCACUUCUUUCAGUCAAAAUGAUUACACUGUAACUUAAAACUAUUGUGAAAUAAGAUUAAUGAUUGUUUUCAUUAUGAAAAGAACUAUGCAUUAUUUAUUUAUUUAAUUAAUUAUUUAUUUAUAUCUAUUUAUGAUGUAAAUACAUAGAUGUUUACUAUGUACUUAUGUUUUAACAAAAAAUGUUAAUCGAUUAUGACUAUAAUAAAAAUGGUAUACAUAUAUUAUAUUAUAUUUUAUUAUGAAAAGCACAUAGAAAUGAUUUCUAACUUUUUGGAUAACUUGGUACAUAUAUAUACAUAUAUAUAUGUAUAUAUAUAUACACACACACAUAUGUACAUUAUAUAUACAUUCACAUAUAUACGGAUGUGUGUGUAUAUAUAAAGAAGAGUCUAUGAUCAGAAAGAUACAAUUGUUUAUUGAUUUUUCUUAUUCUAAAUAUAUUUAGAUUUAGCAGUACACUAAUAUAAUUAACAAAAAAUAAAAAUAAAAAAAGAAAUAAAAUAAAUUCAUAUAUUGGUCCUGUGCGUAAAAUAUUAGACUAACAACAGAUGAUAUUUCGAAAUUUAGAGGUAGGAGGUAAACAAUGCACUGUAUAAUAAAAGGCCAAGGUCUUCGUCCAUAAACUGAAGGUAUCCGACGAAAGGGCAAAGAGAUUUAAACUGUAUACUAUAAUAGCAAAGCAAAACUUUCUAUUUCUCCCUUUUCUUAAACCAUCUGCGGGGCGGAAGGUACGACAAAAUAAGGCGACCCAAAGGGACAAAAGAAAAACAAGAAAAAGAAAGAAGGGAGAGUAAGAGAAAAAAAGAAAGAAAGAGAGAGAGAGAGAAAGAAAGAGAGGGGCUGUGUUCCUUAGAACGAGCCUCGUGAUCCGCUUAGUUGCGGCCUCCAGAAUAGGGUGAGGAGGGAUGAGAUGGAGGGGAGAGGAGGAUUCACGGGACAAAAAGAGGGGAAGUAAGGCCAGAGUGAAAGUAGGAGGUGGUUUAGCCCCUCGGUUGGGGUGGGCGUCCGACGGUUAGCGCGUACGCCCCUGCGUAACGAGUUUCGGUCGUGGAGCGACGCGUUCGACCAAUCGGAGCCACCAUCGGUCGUCCUCGGGUACGGUGAACGGUGCUGCUUGCGCGCCGCCCCACCGAUGAAAGUAGUCCUCUUUCGGAGCUGGAUUCGUGGCCUUGUUUCCGUGAACGCGAGGGACGAACGAAACGGCGCGUCCCACGUAUUUGACGCGUGCCCUGCGCGCACACUUACACGAACAAUUCUCUUAUGUGGAUGAACACUCACACAUAUGCGAACGCGUCCUCCCGUCCGCGCCUACCAACGAAGUCACGUUGCGAAUCGCGCUUGAUCCCGAACGAUCAUCAUCCUCCUCACGCGAUUGUGUUUUCUUUCUUCGUAUAAAUGUCGUGAAUGUUGUCGCUAGAUACGACCGGUGGCAGUGGCGGUGGCGACGGCGACGGCGGCGGUGGUGGCGACGGCGUGCCCGCUCGAGUGUGCUUCGGACCUCCUUGCACUCUCAGCUUCGUCAAACUCGUUGCUAAUUUUGGCGGCAAUUUCGAACACAAUUAUUUAUCGACGAUUAUUUCCUUAUCGACAUAAUAAUUGAAAUAACAAUCUUAAUGAGAACAUAAGUACGAGCGUAUUUUAAUCGAAAAGGAACGUAAUAGAAAAACGUAGUGAUGUGGCGAGUGCUGGUAUAGUAGUAGUAUUAGUAUAGUGUAGUAGUGCUGAGAGAGUAGUGCAGUGUAACAGUGUGAGCACUGGUGUGAGAGUCCCGAAGAAGGGACUACACUAGUAAACUUGUGGGCGCGUUUAUAAAACUGUUACAAGUAA